GACAGCGACUGACAUAAAGUUUUAUUUAUGAAGAUUGAAGAUUGUUGAAAAUUUACCACUGGACUUGGCAUACUUAACCAAAUUGUAGUGUUUUUGAAAGAAAAGAAAAGGAUUUUUGUUUAUUAAUCUAUCUAUUGCUUAAAUUUUACAUACAAUAAAAUAAUAUGGCCACGAAUCCUAGUGCACCAAAUGUUGAUAUUUCUGCGCAAAAUGAUCUUCCACCUCCAUAUUCCGCUGUAGUAGGCAACUCUCCUUAUGGCUUUGUAGUCCCUGGCGAACCACAUGUACCUUCAGGAAGUCAUCCCCCAAAAACAUUUACUGCCCCUGGUGUUUACCCUCAUCCACCUAGUGUAAACACGUAUCAGCCUCAAGCUGGAGACGUUACUCCACAGCCAAGCAACAUCACUGCCCCUGUAGGUGUAGUACUUCCGCCUGGUGUUGGUUCAGAACCUACUACUGUAACUUGUUACAAUUGUCAAAAAGUUGUGACAACAAGAGUUACAUACACUACAGCCUUGCACACUCACCUAGUAGCAGGAUCCAUAUGUUUUAUUACUAUGGUCUGUUCACUUUGCUGCCUUGGCCUUAUUCCAUACUGCUUUGACACAUUUAAGGAUGCAGAACACUACUGUCCAAACUGCAACUCUUUUAUUGGAAAAUGUAGUAAAUGUUAGUUAUACAGUUCUUUGUUUAUUGGACUUUACACAUUUAUACAUUAUUGUUUUUUUGGUGCCAUGUCCUUUUAUAGUAUGAAAAAACUCUUUUCGUAUGAAAACUUAUUAAUAUAAUUAAUUUACCCCCUUAUUCAUAAUGGUCUGCUAACUUAAAACAGCCACUAAGGAGUGUUUUUUCUCAUUCUGACUUAGGUCAAUAGAAGAAGACAGAGUGAGAAUUAGCAAUGCUUUAAGUUAGCAGAUUAUUAUGAAUAAUGGGGCUAGAGUUUAGGCAACCAUGUAUUCAUUAUGAAAAAUGUAAUUGGGAUCUUCAAUCUUCAUAUUUCUUAAAUGUCUAAAAGCUGACAAUCUUUGUUAGUUAAUUGUAUCCAUUUGAGAGAAGUGUCUGGCUAUUCUCUUUUCUCACUUGACCAGAGAUAGAACAUUGUCUAAAACUGAACUUACUUUAUAUAUUGUAAUUAAGUAGUUCUUAGUGCAAUCAUCUAAAAUUUGUAUAAGACACUGUAAUGACAAUUAUAUUUUGAUAUAACCCAAUGGAUUUAUAUUAUAAAAUUAAUUGUGCUUACUCAUUCCUUUACCAUGACUGAUAAUUUAUACAAGUAUAGUGUUGUGUUAAAGGUUACAAGAAAAUUUCAUAAAAUGGAUGAAUUUAUGUAAAAAUAUUUAAUUGAAAGAUCAAAUUGUCAUUUUGUUAUAUCAUAUAUAUUAAGCUAAAUGUAAUCAAAUAAAUGUAUACAAACUCA